AUGCCCGAUCUUCGCCGCCAGAUUUUCGAGAGCGGCAAGACCGUCUCGCGCAAAGCGGCUUCGAGAGAAGCCUCGCGCACUACCUCCCGCGAAGGCUCCAAGCAAACAUCUCGUCAAUCUUCGAGGGCUGCGAGCAGGCCGCCUUCUGAUGAAGAAGAUUCUGGAUUUCUUUCCGACGAUACUGCCAUGAGCAUCGGCUCACUGGAUGACGAAAAUCCCGAGCAAGAAAAUGAAGAUUGGCCCCAAGAGCUAGCCGAUCGUAUCCAGGAACUCCUCGAGCGCAAACGCAGCACCGUGCAAGGGCGUGAAGAAGCCUUGGCAGCUUUCUGCCGCUUGACCAAAUACCACUACGCCGAGGAAGAACUCCGUGGCUCAGUCACCGAUCUAUUGAGCACAUUCGCCCGAAGCGUUCGAAAUGAAACCAGUACCCGCGAGGCGACAAAUGCUCUCCGCGCGAUCGAGUUGCUAGUCAUCACGUCGAGCGACGAUAAGAUCUACGAAAAUGCAGAGCCGGUGCUGACACGCAGUAUCCGCGACUCUAGCUCCGCCGUCGUCAAGGCGGCUGCGAUCCAUUCUCUGGGCACAUGUACCAUCUUCGGUGGGGCCGGCGAGGACGGUAUUCUCGAGCAAAUGACUUUCCUACUCGACAUCAUUGCGUCGGAUGGUCAGUCCAUCGACGCAGCAGAUGAUGCGGGGUGUGUCGUUGCAGCUCUACAAGUAUGGGGCUUCCUCGUGACUGAAAUCGACGACUUCGAGAGCGAAAGCGAAGAAGCUGUCCAAAUCUUCAUGGACCAGCUCGACAGUGGUGACAGUGGUGUGCAAAUCGCCGCCGGCGAAGCCAUUGCCCUUCUUUACGAAAAGAGCUACACGCCCCAAGAAGACGAUGACGACGAUGAAGAAGAAGAAUCCGAUGAGAGCGACGAACACGCUCCAGAUAUCACCGGUCCCAAGCUCAUCAAACGUUACAACGCAUACCACAACACCCCCGAGCUCGAACGCUCGCUACAGUCCCUGGCAACAGUGCACAACAAACGCAUCAGCAAGCGGGACAAGAAAUCACUGCACAGCAAUUUCGCCUCUAUCCUAACCACGGUUGAGAACCCACGCCGUGGACCUCGUUACAAUAUGGCCAUUGAUCAGGACACUAAUCGUCACUACGGUAGUACACUCACUGUUAAAAUCGGUCGUCACGGUCUUAUGAGUAUCGAUCGUUGGUGGAAGUGGGUUCGGCUUUCAUCGCUACGCCGUAUUCUGCUGGGUGGGUUUGCCGAGCACUAUUUCCAGGGUAAUCGGGCUGUCCUCGAUAACCUCCCUGUGAUGAUGCGCAGUAUCGGUGAGACUAGCUCGGGGGCUCCUGAUCGCCACAGUGCUAAGAAGGCUGCCAAAAUGCGCAACUCUCGGCGCUGGGCUGCGCAGAAUGAUUCUGAUGGCGAUGAGUAA